UUACUUCUCCUUCUCCUUAGUGAUUCCAGUUAAACGGCACAACUACAAAACCCUAAUCUCCAGUUUCUGGUGUUUUUGUGCUCUUUUGGUUUGUCAAAGUUUGGAUCUUUUUUCUUAAGGAUUUGAGUUGAAAGAGAUGAACAGAGGAAGGAGGAAUCUGAAACAAGCGGCGUCAGAGCAGGAGUUCACGCUUGAGGAAUGUCAGAGUAUCGCUCAGGUCGUCUCUCUCAGAGGUUCCAAUCAAAUUGAGAUAAUGGAUGCAAAAGGAGAGAACUCAUUAGCAUUGUUUCCAGCCAAGUUUCGUGAGAGCAUGUGGAUCAGACGAGGAAGCUUUGUGGUUAUUGACCAUACAGGAAAGGAAAAGGCGCAAGAAUCUGGUAGCAAAGUCACAUCUAUCGUCUGUAAAGUUCUCUUCUUUGAGCAAAUCCGUCUCCUCCAAAAGUCUCCUGAAUGGCCAGAAAUUUUCAGGGAUGCUAAGCCAAUUCCAGCUGAUGAAAGCUCUCAAAUUCCCAUGGUAAAGCAAGACGGUGAUGGCGAAAUAGGUUCGAGUGAUGAGAGUGAUGAUGGGAUGCCUCCACUGGAAGCAAACACAAACAGAUUGAGACCGUUUGGGGUGCAGUGUGAUGCAGAAACAGAUUCUGAAUCAGAUUCUGACUCAUAGAAACAUCUGGCAACAUGCUUUUCUCUUGUUUCUCAAAAGAGAGAAAUGUCUCUUAUUAAACAGUAUGUAACCAACUCACAGCUGCUUAAAAAUGCAGAGUGUUUAUUGAUCUAUUGAUUUCGCAAUGAAUUGUUUAUUGAUC